GCACAAGCUGAAAGACAAGCCAUCAACUCAACUGUUCAGGGAUCAGCAGCUGAUAUAGCCAAGAAAGGCAUGGUUCUGGUUCAGUCACAGCUGCGGAAUAUGGGAUACACCUCACUGAAUCCUGUUGCCAGUCUUGCCUUGCACUUGCAUGAUGAACUGCUGUAUGAGGUAUGCCGUGAAGGUGCAAAGGAAGUGGCACAGAGAAUACAAACUGCCCUGGAGAAUGCCGUUUCUCUUGCUGUGCGACUUCCAGUUAAAAUGAAGAUUGGAGACACAUGGGGAUCCUUACAAGAGAUCACACUUUAACUUUACUGAAUAAAAAUGGCUUGUGACACAUCAUAUCUAGACCAAAAUUAAAACAAGGAAGUUCCACAAAGGGGGUUGUGCAUUCCAAUUUUAGCACUCUUACUCCACCACAACCACUCUGGUUUAUGUAUGUUGUGACAGAUAAAUGAAAUAAGUGCAAAUCAACAAAUUUUCUUGUGUCAAAACCAAAUGUAUAGAGCUAAUCAGCUCUUUCGAUAGGAUAGGAUAGGAUAUUAUUUGGGCAUAACACAGUAAUAUGAACUCCUGCAGUGAGAAAAAUCCAACGGUGUAAUCUAGUCAAAAGUCAUUCAUUACAGUGUUUUGAUGAAAUAUGAUGGCAUAAAUUCAUAUUUUACUCUGGAAAUGAGUUUUUCUGAGCCAGUGUAUUAGCUUAAGAAGCAUAAUGCUGCAUUAGGAUUUUAUGAACUAUAUGUGAGACAUUUUUUCAGCUUGAAGCUUACACAACGAAUUUCCAACCAAAGGUAUUUUCAAUGACAAAUUGUCAUCAGUUUUUAACUUGCUUUUAUGUUCUACUUUUUAAACAAUGUGUUAUAAUAAAAAUGGCAAUUUAUUAUGA